UGUACGGGCAUUUUUGCUAGUAGAGAGACAAGUUAUCGGCUUCCAUCUGCCUGCGUGUUGUCUGCUUCAAGAAACCGCCUCCCACCGUCUGCGCACGCCUGCAGAAGAGGCUCGGUUCUCUUCACUUUGCUUGGCUCCUGCCAGGAGAGCGCCCUCGGUUCUCCGGCCUGAUUGAUCCUCGGGUGCUUUGGGAUUUUGAUGCGAAAGUUUCGGUCUUGUGUGGUACGAUACGAGCAGAGCAGAGCUUUUUUUCUUCGUAGGGAGGGGGCGCUGCUUGGGGCCAGCAAUCAGCAGAGAUCGAGUUCUUGGGGGAUGCUACAAGGGUCUUGCCUGAUAAGGAAGGUUUCUUCCAGGCCUAUCUUGCUGUGAUUUCAUUUCCCCCCUCUCGCCCCAGCAAAAAAUGAGCUUCUUCACACCUUUCUCUCUCACCGAUUGCUCCUGUCGUUUGCAAUCUGGAACGGCUAGCUCCGAAAGAAAUUGAGCGCAAUCCAGUCCUUGAAGCUUUCAACAUCUCCGCGCAAUCCAUGUCCCUUCCGUCCUUUUAGCCCAAAAUCUACAGUUCUGCAGCAGAAAUGGCCAUGGAUAGGACUAUUAAGCUAGUUCUAGGCAUUUCUGUGGUCAUCUGGAUUCUUGGCACCUGCAAUGCUGAUUUCACCCCUGCGGACAACUACCUCAUCAACUGCGGUUCCAUGGUCGACGCGACUGUCGGCCAGAGGGUUUUCGUGGCUGACAAUUCCGGUUCCACUAUAUUGACAUCCCCUCAGAGCAUUGCUGCAAUCACCUCAUCGAAUUCAGUCUCCAGUUUCGACGAUGCUGCGCUGUAUCAAACCUCCAGGAUAUUCACUGCACCGUCGUCCUACUCCUUCAAGAUCAAGAGCCGUGGCCGGCAUUUUGUCCGGCUCUACUUCUUCCCUUUCAGAUACCAGAGCUAUGAUCUUGCCACGGCAAACUUCAAAGUGUCGACGCAAGAUGUUGUUCUCCUCAACAGUUUCAGUGUGCCGAGCAGUUCGCCGCCAGUGUUCAAAGAGUAUUCUUUGAACAUUACCAGGGACAUGCUCAUUCUUACAUUUGUACCACUUGGGAACAGCACACCCUUGUCCUUCAUCAAUGCUAUUGAGGUCAUCUCGGUUCCUGAUAAUCUAAUAACUGAUUCGGCGCAAACUGUGGAUCCUGUCGGUCAGUAUCUUGGCCUGUCGACGCAACCAAUGCAGACAUUCUACAGGGUCAAUGUAGGGGGACCAAAGGUUACUGCUGAAAAUGACACACUCUGGCGAACAUGGGCUAUCGAUCAGAGUUUCUUCUUGAAUUCCACUGCCACCAGAGUUGUUAAUUACUCAGGAAAGCUAAAUUACCAAAGAGGAUUAGCGACACUGGAGGAUGCACCGGACAGUGUCUACAACACUGCAAGACAGUUGGCUGUGCAGAACAACACCAGCUCUGUGUCCAAUAUGACAUGGCAAUUCAAUGUUGACGGCCGUUCAAGCUAUCUCAUCCGGUUCCAUUUCUGUGACAUAGUGAGCAAGGCUGCGUAUCAGCUCUACUUUGAUGUUUAUGUGGAUAGCUGGUCAGCGUCGAAAGAUCUUGAUCUCUCCACUCUAGGUUUUAGUAACUUGGCAGUGCCGUAUUACAUGGAUAUUGUCUUGCUAUCAAGUGAUCUGUCUGGUAAGCUCAGCGUCAGCAUUGGCCCUUCCAGCUUAAAGAAUGCGGCGCUGGAUGGCAUCCUGAAUGGUCUGGAGAUCAUGAAGAUGAACAUUAGUACCGGGACUGUUGACAUCGUGGCACCACCGUCAGUCGCAAAGCGGCAUCUCGCUGUCAUAUUGGGCUCCGCUCUUGGAGUUGUUGCUGCUGUCAUCAUUGCUACUGUUAUCUGCAUCUUCUUCAGAAGAAAGAAGAAGCCACAGCCACCAUCGACAAGUCGGCCCUCUAGUUCUUGGACACCACUCAAUGGUCUUAGCUUCCUUACCACAGGUAGCCGAACCACCAGCCGGACCACUCUUACAUCUGGAACUACCAGUGACACGAGCUACCGGAUUCCUUUUGUUGUGCUGCAAGAUGCGACAAAUCACUUUGAUGAGCAAAUGGUCAUUGGAGUUGGAGGCUUUGGGAAGGUCUACAAAGCAGUGAUGCAAGAUGGUAGUAAAGUUGCAGUAAAGCGGGGCAACCAGAAGUCUCACCAAGGGUUGAGGGAAUUCCAGACUGAGAUCGAGCUGCUGUCAGGGCUGCGACACCGUCAUCUUGUGUCGCUGAUUGGUUACUGUGAUGAACACAACGAAAUGAUCUUGGUGUACGAGUACAUGGAGAAAGGCACUCUGAAGAGUCAUUUGUAUGGCAGUGAGAUGCCUCCUCUCAGCUGGAAGAAAAGGCUGGAAAUCUGCAUAGGAUCUGCAAGAGGGCUCCACUAUCUUCACACCGGUUUUGCAAAAUCAAUUAUCCAUCGUGAUGUCAAGUCAGCAAAUAUUCUCCUUGACGAAUGUCUCUUGGCCAAGGUUUCUGAUUUUGGCCUCUCAAAGGUUGGUCCUGAAUUUGAUCAGACACAUGUUAGCACGGCAGUGAAAGGGAGUUUCGGGUAUCUUGACCCUGAGUACUUCCGGAGACAGAAGCUGACCGACAAGUCAGAUGUAUACUCAUUUGGUGUAGUGUUGCUCGAGGUGAUCUGUGCAAGGCCGGUAAUCGACCCAACUCUUCCGAGAGAUAUGAUUAACCUUGCAGAGUGGGCUGUUAAGUGGCAAAAGAGAGGACAGCUUGAUCAGAUCGUCGACCAAAGGAUCGCUGGGACAAUCAGGCCUGAAGCAUUGAGGAAGUUUGGAGAGACGGUUGAGAAAUGCCUUGCAGAAUAUGGCGUCGAGCGUCCUACGAUGGGCGAUGUGCUAUGGAACCUGGAGUUUGUGCUGCAGCUGCAGGAGGCAGGCCCGGACAUCUCCAAAAUCGAUAGCAUGAAUCAGAUCUCUGAAUUGCCUUCAAAUACCAAGAGAGUAAGCUCCCUAGAUCUAAGCACUGCAGUUGAAAGCCGUAUGCCAAUCGAUUAUUCUGACAUGUCGACAAGUAACGCCUUCUCACAGCUGAUCAAUGCUGAGGGGAGGUGAACUGGAUUGAGUUGUUCCAGAGUAACUGAAAAAAUGUUGAGUUACAGGAACUAGAAAGAGAUGCCUCUUGCUUGACUAUACUGUCUGCCGCUUCGCUCCGAUAUAUAACACCACACCAAGUUCUGAAUUGCAUUGAAAUUUUGCUUACCUCUUGUAACUACAUGCAUUAUUGAAAGAAUGGGUAGUUUGCUGGAAUUUCAGAGUGUGUUUGUCAAAAAACCUUUGCUCGAUAUUGCUGUACCUGUUUGUUUUGCUCAAUAUUGCUGUACCUGUUCGUUUUGCUCAAUAUUGCUGUACCUGUUCGUUUUGCUCAA